ACCUGCAAAGCGCGUGCAUCUCAUCUGCGGUCUGUAACACGCAUCCUGAAGUCACAUCAUCAUCAUCAUCAUCAUCAUUUGCUCCAUUCGAUCUGCACCAAUAAACCGUAGCGGAGAGGUUACAGAGGUGGUGACCCGGCUCUCAGUAAAUAUGACAGGGAGGAGAAACGAAAGGGAAAGUACACUUCUUCUGUCUACAGAUCAUCUUGUCUCUGAUUCACAAUGGCUUCAGUUAGAGAAAAAACCACAGCCGGGUGACUUGAUCGAGAUAUUCCGUGGGACGUACCAGCACUGGGGCAUUUAUGUUGGAGAUGGCUACAUCAUUCACCUGGCACCACCCUGUGAGGUCCCUCAAGCAGGUGCCUACAGCAUGAUGUCCGUGCUAUGUGAUAAGGCAAUAGUGAAAAAAGAGCAGUUUUGGGAUGUGGUUGGCGAGGACAAGUACACCGUUAACAAUCUGCUGGAUGAAAAAUACGAGCCACGUCCCAUCGAUGUCAUCCUCCAGGAAGCACACAGGCUUUUGGGACAGGACCUGCCCUACUGCGUGUUCCGUAGGAAUUGUGAGCAUUUUGUAACAGACUUGCGAUACGGAAAGCCAGAGUCACGACAGGUCCGGAAAGCUGUGGAAGUGGGAGUAGGCGUUGGUGUUGCUGCACUUCUCGGUGUUGGAGUUCUUGCAGUAGCAGCAAGCUUUUUUGGCUCGAGAAAUAAAGAGGAGCCGCAAAAAAAGUGAGACCUUAGAUGGGGAGUAGCUGUAAAGACGAACACCACCAGGUUUUUGGCCCCCGUCCCUAAAGACCUCUUCUAUCCAGUAAACAGCCAACCAUUACUAUGAUCUAAUUCAGUUGGAAAAUCUGGAUCCAUAAUCUAAUUUUGUAAAUACUGAAUACGAGACGGUUAAACAUUUCAGAACUCAGUUUGUACGUAGGGAUGAUUUCAUCCUUCUGUUCAACAGUUGGGCCUGGAUCUGUAGUUUCUAAGCCAGCUUGUGUCUGAAGUAAAAAGUAACAAUAUUAAAUUGCAUAUAAGGAAAAACUUUUCUGGAUUUCCUACCACCAAGUAUAUGCUAAGCCUUUUUAAUGUCUUUUACUGCCAAAAAAAAGAUGGGUGCUGAUCCCACCAAAUAGCUACAAGUGUGUAACACAAAACCAAUUUACUUAGUUUUACUUAAGCACUUGAAAUAUCAGUCUGUGUGUGUAAUUAAUCUACAUAAUAAGAGUUUUACUUUUUGUAUUGAAUUACUGAAAUAAAUCAACUUUUUGAUGAUAUUCUAAUUUAUUGGGUUGCACAUGUAUGUAGGGUAUAUUAGGGUAAACAGAUGGCCAAACUGGAGCUUUAAUAACAUAGUUCAGGAAUGUAAGGUGAGGUAUAGGGUGUGUGUUCGAGCAUUAUCAAUCUCUAAUGAAACUCAUUACCAUCAGAAAUCUAGAAUCUAGACUGUAACAAAAACAAAGUUAAUGUUUUUACCAUUGGUACAGCCUCCUUUAUUUCUGAUGAGUUGCUAAUUCAAGUAAAUUUUUAAAAUAAAUUUAAAAAAAGCUUGUAAUGUAAAAUAAUACCGGUUCAUAAUCAAGUUUAUAUGUUGGUGCCAAUUCACUUUCGUACAUCCAAAUGUUCUUUAACAUGUCUGAAUAAUAAAAAAAAAAGUUUAUUUACAC